AUGAGAGAUGAAUUUAGAAGUUGCUGUGCUAUAUGUUCAUGCUAAGGAUUUGGAUAGUGUUUGUCAUGUAAUACCAAUCCCUGUUUGAUACUCGAUAAAUCCACUCCUGACAUUCAAUAAACAUUAUAAAAUUACGAACACAAGACUCAUUACUUGGAUGAAUGGUAUGGGGAUGUCAUUCUUUUGGAGAAUAAGCAAACUAAAUUGCUUGCGAUAUUGAAAGUUUAAGAGUUUUUAUAUCAAACGGAUUUUGAAGAGCAGAAUUAACAAUUCCUCUAACGUAAAUUGUUAUAAAAUGAUAACAUUGUAUAAUUGAAUGAAUACAUGUCAAGACAAGAGGAAGGAUUCUGUACAUCAAUUUAUAAAUCAUUUCUGAUCUUCGAUUAUAUUCUGACAGAUUUUGCCUCUGAAUUCCAAUAUAGAUUGGAAAAUAAAAUCCCUUAUCAGCAAGACGAAUUCUAUCCCAUAAUUUACUAAUGUAUUAAUGGAUUGAAUUAUCUACAUUAAAAUGGUAUUAUGCAUCAAGCUUUGAGGAUGAGAAACAUCUUUAUCACACAAGACAAAUACAAAAUAGCUGACCCUCAUUUGUUCGAUCACAAGAACGAUUAUCAAAAGAUAUACAGUGACAAACAGAAAUAUUCAAAAAUAGCCUAUCUAUCUCCUGAACUAGUGAGUGAAUUGGAUAAAGGCAAUAAAGAACCUAAUGUUGAUUGGUUUAAAUCAGACAUCUAUUCCUUAGGGAUGGUAUUCCUACAAUUAUGCAGUGGAAAACAAUCAUCUCUCUGUUACGAUUAUGAUUAAGGAGUGAUAUUUGAAGAUAAGAUAUCUUCUCAUUUGUAAACCAUCAAAAUUUCAUGUCAUGAUUUCUUCUUUUACAUCAUCAAAGAUAUGUUGACUGUUAAAGUAUCAUAACGACCAACUGCUCAGUAAUUGUAUGAAAGAUUAGACAAAAAUCCAAAAUGUAAAUAAUCUAUCACUCCUGUCCAAAUAAUCCUAGAGCAACAUCAAGAUUAACAAAUGGAAUAGCAGUAUUAGCAAUAGGAUGUAUCUUAAUUGAUUGGUGGAGGAGGAUAAGACCUUAUAGGAGAACCAAAUACGUUUGACUAGUAUGAUGUUUUGGGUCUCAUCGGAAACGAACCAACUAAGUAAAAAGAUUUAGUUGAAACUGUAAAGGAGAGAUAUCCCAAUGGAUCCAGGUAUUAAGGCAUGAAGAGGAAUGGUUUGAGACACGGAAAAGGGAAGUUUAUUCACACUGAUGGGAGCUAUUAUGAUGGAAUGUGGAAGGAUAAUAAAAUGAGUGGAAAGGGAGUGUUAUACAAUUCUUAAGGCAAAGUAACCUAUGAUGGCAAUUGGGCUGAUGAUCAAUAUCAUGGAUAAGGAAUAGAAUAUAACUAGGACUAAAUACCAAUGAUUUCUGGAUUAGACCAUAAUAAUCUAACCAAUAUUACAUGUUGGCUCAAGUAUGAAGGAGCCUUUAAGAGGGAUAACAGGGAUGGCUUUGGAACACUCUCUUUAAGCAAUGGGGACAAGUAUAUUGGGGCAUUCAAAGAUGGAUAAAUUCAUGGGUUUGGUACUUACUCGUAUAAAAAUGGGCAAUCCAUUUAAGGCAAGUGGAAUAUGGGGAAACUUCAAAAGUGA